AUGUCAUCUGCCAGCUCUCUCCCUUCCAACCCUCCCACUUCUCCCCUUGAACCAACUCCAACCACCCCCAUUGCUUCCUCCACUACCUCACCAUCUCAACCCUCGAAUCCUACCCCUCCGAACCCAGAUCCUUCCUCAGAUCCCACUUCUCCACCUGACCCUAGCCAAACUUCUCGAGCCCCUAAACCCCCUUCGACGAAAACUAGAUCUGGUGGAAAUGGUGGAAGUGGUGGAAAUCCCCCUCCUGGCGCUACCCAAACAUCGGACCCUGAUGAUAAUGGUCACGACCCGAAUAAAAAAGACGGUGGCGAAAGUGGUAGUAAAAAUGUUCUUGCACCAGUCAUAGGAGGGAUUGCAGCUGUACUCGUUCUUGCCUUCUUAGUUGCGGUGUUCGUAAUGCGACAAAAGAAGAAGAAUAGAGCACGUAAGAGACGUCUAGAGUUCUUGGAUCAUAGUGGAGCAGCAGCUCCAGGAGCAGGUGCCACUGCACGGCCUACUUCUGUUCAAAACAGCAAUGCCCGACCCUCGACCCCUGCAGGUGGACACCCAUUGGAGAUGGCUGCUAUUGGAGGUGCUGCUGUAGGUGCAGGCGCCGGUGCUGCUUCACAGCUUCCUAACAGCCAUAAUAAUGAUGGAUUUGAUUAUCAGCAGGGUUACCAGCAAGUGCCAUAUGGAGCAGGAUACCAAGAACAAUACGAUCAAUACGACCCAUACUAUGCUCAACGUCAACAGCAACAGCAGGGACAAGCAUAUUAUGCUGACCAACAACAAGGAUACUAUCCUCCCGAGGACUAUCAGCAACAGCAACAAUAUCAAAACCAAUUUGUACCUCCUGCUCCCAUUGGGUAUGCUAAUAACAGCAACAAUUAUAGCCAAGGAACUGGUUCGCCUUCCAUGACCCAUGCAACUGCCUCACCUAAAUCCUACCCACAACCUCCUCCUUCCACUACUGGCGGACAUUCAUCUCCCCGCACGCCUUUCCAGAACGCUAGUGGAACCCUACCCGUCCCUAGUGCUGAACAGACCUCUUAUGACAAGAAUGCCAAGAUUGAGAGUGGUUACAUCGGCACACAAUCCACUGCCAGAAACCCACAGCUAGUGCCCGAAAAUGAGGAACGCAUCAAGGUUCCUCUCUAA